GAAAGGGGAGAGCACAGGACGGGAAGCACAGAGAGCCAGAGACUCAUCCCAAAGGACUCCUGCUCCACCGAGGCUUCUCUCUUGAUUCCCAGCGGACCCAACAGCAUGGACGUGAACAGAGCCGUGUUUCUCAGCUGCUGCCUGCUGCUUCUCUUUGGCGUCCAGCGCCCUGCGGCCCACCCUGUCGACAGCCUAAGCCCCGCCAAGGAACUAGCCAGCAUGGAGGCACUUCUGGAGAGGUUGGAAGAAAAAGUCGCCUUGAUGGAAGACUUGCAGAGUGACACAGAUUUUGAAGAGCCCCAAGGCCAGGCCGAGGCCUCCGAAGACAGCAGCGACCUGCAGCCAGAAGCCAGGGUGGAACCCGCUCCCCUCCCCUCCUACAGGAGCUCCUGGCUCAAGCACAUGCGAGGGCUGCAGGCCCCAAAGAACCUGCGAGAAUCCGGCUGUUUUGGAAGGAGGCUGGACAGGAUCGGGUCCAUGAGUGGAAUGGGAUGUAAAGGAACUAGAAGGAAUUGAAACUGACCCUGAGCCCUUUCCCGAAAAAGCAGAUUCCACAACAUGCAGAUUUCUGAAGACGCUCCAAUCCUCGUUUGCUUGCUAAACCUCUGGAAUGUUCUGCCUAUUUAUUUAUUUAUUCUUAAUUUAUUUAUUUGGCUGGGUGUUGUUUGUCCCCCUUUUCUAAGAAUGUUUGUUACUUUUAGCACUAUGCUUGAAAUAAAAACACAUUCGCUCUUUU